CGGCCGCCCCGGUCACGUGUUGCCGCGGCGCGUGGCCGUGCCGGGAUUUGGGAUCGGGAUGUUCCGCAUCGAGGGGCUCGGGCCCAAGAUGGACCCGGAGGAGCUGCGGCGGAAGAUGCGCCGGGACGUGCUCUCCUCCGUCCGCAACUUCCUCAUCUACGUCGCGCUGCUGCGGAUCACGCCGUUCAUCCUGAAGAAGCUGGACAGUAUCUGAUCCCGCGGACCCGGCCCCGCAGCUGCUCCCCCCGGGCCAGAGGCGGUGCCAGAGGGACACGGACAGCCCGGAAUUCCCAGGAUGUCCCGUCCAGCACGCGCGGCCGCGCAGUCCGAGGAGGGGAAGGUGCCUGUUGUCCCUGCGGGUGAAUCCCGGGCGCAGAGGGGGCCCUGCUGUGAUCCAGCAGCGCUUCGUGCCGAACGUUCCCCGUGCAGUGCGAGCAAAGCCCGUCCCCAUCCCGCGGGACGUGUCCCGUGCUGGCAGGGACACAGCUCCGGGACCGGCUGUGCUGUGCCUGCCCCCCGCACCCCGUCCUGUGUCACACCCAGUUCCCGCCGAGUCCAGCCCAGAGCACUUUGUUUCAAAUAAACGGGAGAGCAGUUGUGUCACGG